CACAAAUUAGAUUCGUUAUUGUGGGAAGGAUAUAAUAAUUCCAGGCACAAUUUGUCACUUACCGUGUGUCUUUCAACCCGGACUGGCAGAAUUAUUGUCUUCAGUGGGACAGAAGUCAAAUCCUACAACAAUAAAUAGUCAUCUCACCUCCGUAUCUUACUAGCUUUUUGCCUUUAGUGAUUGGAUUUGAAUUUUCGUUGGUGAUCAGUGAAAAUGUCUAAAGAAGAAUUACAAAACAUUGCCAGCGUUGAGAUGGGUGAGAAAGAACAAAGACCAAGUGGUAGUGGUGAUGAUGGCGACGCAUUGGGUAGCCAGGGGUUCUCGGUGCAUCGCUACGCCAAAAUGCCCGUAGAGAGAAACGCUCCGUACUACAACAUGAAUCAUAAAGAACGCGGUAUGGCAAUUAUCUUUAAUCACGAGCAUUUCGACAUUCAUAACUUGAAGUCUUUGACGGGUAAUAAUGCAGACAGCGACAGGCUCGCAAAGAUUCUCAAAAGCCUCGGGUUCCGCGUGACAAUGCUCAAUAACCUAAACGCCCUAGAUGUGAUCAAGUAUAUUCAAGAGACUGCUGAGAUGGACCACUCUGAUAGUGACUGCUUGCUAGUUGCGGUGCUGACUCACGGUGAGAUGGGCUUGCUUUAUGCUAAAGAUACCCACUACAAACCUGAUACUUUGUGGUAUUAUUUCACUGCUGAUAAGUGCCCUUCCCUAGCUGGCAAACCAAAGAUGUUUUUCAUUCAAGCCAGUCAGGGAGAUAAAUUGGAUGGUGGCAUAACCCUGACUAAUCGUACUGAAACUGAUGGGUAUCCAAAUUCUACAUACAAGAUCCCCAUACAUGCUGAUUUUCUUAUUGUCUUCUCCACCGUGCCUGGGUUUUACUCAUGGGGAAAUACUACCCAAAAACUUACAUUUAUACAAGCACUCUGUGAGGAACUCCGAGACUAUGGCACUGAGCGAGAUAUUCUUACAUUAUUAACAUUUGUAUGUCAAAAAGUAGCUGUAGAAUUUGAAUCUGACAAUCCCGACACUUUAACUACGCACCAACAGAAACAAGUGCCUUGUAUCAGCAGCAUGCUCACCCGUCUGCUUGUGUUUGGAAAGAAAUAGUUUUCUAGCUAUUUAUCAGGGUAUCUUAGAUAACCAUAAAACCUUUUAGUAUGGCUUGUAAUUGAAAAGAUACUUGGAUAGGAGCAUAGAUAUAAAAAAAGGGGAGAUUUG